GGAUAUAGUGUUGGUAAGGCAGGGAACAAAGUUCAGAGUUACUUCUGUCUGUGAGGCCAGGCAUAGUGCUGCUCUCCUUACUUCUGAAGGCUCUGGACUGUGAGGAUUCAAUCAUGCCAAACUACAAGCUGACCUAUUUCAAUCUAAGAGGUAGAGGAGAGAUCAUUCGCUACCUGUUUGCCUAUACAAACACUGAAUUUGAAGACCAUAGAAUUGAAUUUAAAGACUGGCCUGCACAUAAAGACUCAUACCCAUUUGGAAAACUCCCAGUUUUGGAAAUCGAUGGGACUGUUUACUAUCAAAGCCUUGCCAUUGGGAGGUAUCUAGCCAAAAAAGCAGGUCUGACAGGAAAGACUGAUUUAGAUGACCUUCGCAUUGAUGCCAUAUUAGACAGCAUUGAUGACUUUGUAUCACUGUAUCCAUGGGGUGAAGAUGUACAGGAAAUGAAGAAAUACAUUGAAAAAUGUUCUGGUCCCUUCCUGUCUGCCCUGGAGAAGACAUUGGGAGAUAAUAAGUGGUUUGUUGGUGAUUAUGUAACCUGGGCUGACUUCUUUUGGGACAUCUGCAGUGACAGUAUUGAAAUAGACAAUCCCGGCUUUUGCAAAGAUUACCCAAAGCUUCUGUCUCUCAAGCAAAAGGUAAAGGAACUUCCAGAGAUUGCGGCAUGGAUAGAGAGAAGACCCCAGACAACGCAUUAAUAUAGCAAUACAUGGCAGAAUUUGGGAGUGAAAAUGAAGAUACUUCUGGUUUUACUAAAGGCCACACGUUAUCUCUUUAACUUUACAUAGAAGUUCUUCAUAUGGCAAAUGUAUUAACCAAAGUAUUUUUGAAAUUUUUUGUUCUCUAUUAAGACAUAGAAGAAAUGUCAAAAGCAAAUGGCUAAAUAAAGUUAAUGGGUAUGA